AUGAACAGCUUUGGUUCUCUGGGCUCCACCUUCACAAACGUCAACCUCUCAACCUCAACCUCAGCAACAGCAACCUCAGCAAGAGCAAUCGCAACCUCUACCUCAACAACCGCAACCGCAAUGGAAAUGCGGCAACUGCCAGCAGACAGGCCACACGGUCGAGCGUUGUACGGGACCCCUCGAUACUAACGGAUAUAUCAACGCGUGUCCUUGGUGUAAUACUAAAGAUCAGAAUGCUAGAACCUGUCAUAGAAACGACAGAACGGUUCAGCGGGCAGCCUAUUUUUUCAUCAAGCUACGGCGAGGACGUCCAGCGUUAUAUUGCCCUUGGCAUAUUUGGGAUUUGGAUUUCAAGGCAUGGUCUGAAGCCGACCUUCUUCCUCUUACCGGACGCUUUGCUCUACAACAAGAACAAAGCUUAGGGACUCAGCCAUUUAACCUUUCUAUUCCAGACCCUUCCUGGAGCCAGAAUGUGGAUAAGGCAGACAAGACAUUCUCAACAUCUGCUGGCUGGAAUCAACAUUUCUACCACUUUGGUAUGGGUGAAUCGGAGACACCUUUGAAUAUCGAGGACACCUUGGAGCGAGGAUAUUAUUACAGCGAUGUCCCUCCACCAGCGCCAAUGGGAUUUACCAAUCAACCUACGAUUGCUCCGGGAUUCCAGCAGGCCCCUCCACCAGCGCCAAUGGCAUUUACCAAUCAACCUACGAUUGCUCCUGGAUUCCACCAGGCCCCUCCACCUGGAUAUGGCAAUCCCCUUUCCUUUCAACCCAUGGGAAUAGCUCCUGGAAAUACCCGACCAGACAUGCAGUCCUUUUUUGGCAAUUUGUGGACAGGCGCCCAGCUCUGGGAAUCACACAGGGAGAAUACUAGAUCCGGCUCGUACAGAGAGCGCUCCCCUCCACAAAUCACCGAUGUCACGGAACCUGCUAGGAGACGUAGUGAAUCACCACAGGCUAGAGGUCAAGCACAUGGUCGUGGUCAGGGCGGUAGAGGUCGUGGAGCAGGCCGAGGAGGUUAG